AUGGCGCCCACAGACUUCGUCCACCGACAGUCGACCCCUCGAUCAGUGCGCAACAUACAGCGCUACCUUUUGGUCUCAUUUACACUGCUUUGUAUCGUGUUUUCAGUGCUACCAGAAGACAUUAACGCAUCGGAAUGCAGCGCAUGUGGAUAUUUGGCCCGCAACUGCAGCGACGAAGGCGAUGGAGUGGAUGUAUGCGACAUGACAGGCGACAUCCAGAUCGACGACGUCUUCUGUAACGACCAAGAGUGUCGCUGUGCCAACGGCCACGAGUGCGUGAGCACGGGCGUGGGCUGCUCGACGAUUUUCCAGGCACGGACUCGACGUCGCUGUGUGAGCAACGCGACGCUCUCGAGGAGGUUCACACAGUGUGCAAUCGACCAGAACUUGACUUCGCUCAGUGCUUCAAACGUCGCUGCUGACUGGAUCUACUUCAAACAAGGGCACAAAUGCCAGUCCAGGGACUGUCUCGCGGUCAAGCUGUUUCACCAAAGUGGUCUCGUGCAAUGUGGCAAUCUACUGGCAGUGUGGACAACUGCUGCCGACGUGGGUGUAGCUCGGACUGAGCUGCUGGCUAGCAGCUCUGGCGAUAGUGACACGGUGUACCAUUUCAUUGCUGAUGGCUCCCGCGCCAAGGAUAUGAAAGCUGGAACGUUCCUUUACUCGGUGCCGUGGUCGCCAAAAGAUGUAGCGCUUUUGUCAAAGCAGGCGCAAAGCACAGCUAUUGCCUCGUGCUAUGUCCUGCAGACACGGAAUCAGCCGAACAGCACGUGUGAAGGCGUGUAUUUGCAGUUUGAUGCCAGCGUGGAGUUUGCCAACGGUGAUGAGUACGUGAUGUCCAAACUGAGCUGGCCUGUGUGGCUUGCUGUCAUCGGCAGUGUGGCUGCAGCCAUCGCUUCGGUUGCCGUCGUUAGCGUGGUGAUCUACCGGUCUCGACACAUGAACGUGUCGCUGCCUGUCGAGAACGACGAAGAUGGUGGUCUUUUGCACGGGAAGACCAAUCUAUGCGACAGCAAGGACUUUAGCCCCGCCAAUCCUGCUAGCCUAGGGACACCGUUGCCAGCUCCAGGAAAAGGCCGCUUGAGUCCCGAUCUACGUCAGCGCGGUGCGCUCGACGUCACACAAAUGGAGGCCGGAAGCUUGUAA